AUGGACGUUGGCAAGAAGCCCGCCGGACGACUGUCCUGGGCGUUCAAAGGCACACUGGUGGCAUUCGUCAUAACGCAGGUUGCGUUGGUCGCCGUCCUGGCGACCUGGAACGGCGUGGCUCGUGUGGACAGCGGCAUUUGUGGCGGGUACCAAGCAAGCAAUGUCAUCGAGAGCGAUUUUGGCGUCCAGGCCGAUCUGGACUUGAUAGCAGACAACUGCUCCAUCUAUGGCGCAGAUGUCCCCAGCCUGCGGUUCAUAGCUGAGUAUCAGUCCGAUAAGCGUCUUCAUGUCCUGAUCCAGGAUCGCGACGGCGAGCGCUAUCAGGUGCCCGAGGAUAUCAUCCCUCGACCAGGCUUCUCUACGGGCCUGACCAAGAAGCCGGAUCUCAAGUUUGACUUUACCAAGGCGCCAUUCUCGUUCACUGUCUCGCGACGGUCUACGGAGGAGAUCCUCUUCUCGACCAAGAACACCUCUCUCGUGUUUGAGAGGCAGUACCUUCGUCUGCAGACAUGGCUCCCCUCCCAACCGAACCUCUAUGGCCUAGGGGCGAUCCCGAAAGGCCACAACCUCUAUGGCUCACACCCAAUCUACGUGGAUCACCGACUGACCGGAACGCACGGUGUUUUCCUCCUCAACUCGAACGGCAUGGACAUCAAGCUGAACCAGGACCAGAAUGGGGAUCAGUACAUGGAGUACAACAUCAUUGGCGGCGUUUUGGAUUUCUACUUUUUUGCGGGACCCGGUCCUGAAGACGUGGCACGACAGUAUGCCGAGGUCGUUGGCGUACCGGCCAUGGUUCCAUACUGGAGCUUGGGGUACCACCAAUGCAAGUACGGCUACCGGGACUGGUUCGAGGUGGCCGAGGUAGUCCACAACUACUCCGUUGCCAACAUCCCACUCGAGACCAUGUGGACCGACAUCAACUACAUGGACCACCGCCGGGUCUUCAGCCUCGACCCUGGGAACUACCCGAUUGAGCGCAUGCAGGACCUCAUAGAGUAUCUCCACGAGCGUGACCAGCACUACACUCUCAUGGUAGACCCUGCUGUUGCUGAGCAUGACUAUCCUGCCUACAACCGUGGCAAGGGGAUGGAUGUGUUCGUCAAGAGAAGGGAUGGGCAGGAGCCGUUCCGAGGCGUCGUCUGGCCAGGCGUUGCAGUCUUCCCGGACUGGUUUCACGAGAAUGCCACCGAGUACUGGUCGGAUAUGUUCCACGACAGCUUCAACCCCGAGACAGGCGUCGACAUUGACGGAGUGUGGAUCGACAUGAAUGAGCCUGCCAGCUUCUGUCGUCAGGGCUGCAAUCCCGAUCGAGAGGCCAAGAACCGCAAUCUCCCGCCCAAGCCACCCGCCGUCCGUGAACCACCCAGGUCUAUCCCGGGCCUGCCAUUCAACACCAGCCGAGAGGUGGUGGUUACCAAGGUCACGGAGCAGGAGACACUGCGCGAGCUGGCAUCGCGAGGUCUUGACUCCAAGAAACACUUCGACGUCGACCACGCGGCCGAUGACCUGCUCUCGCCACCUUACAGCAUCAACAACAAGGCGCCUGGCGGCAAGUUGAGCGACAUGACCAUGGACACUGACUUGACGCUCGCGAAUGGCCUGACGACGUAUGACACCCAUAACUUGUAUGGGGCCUUGAUGAGCAUGACCACUAGGGCUGCCAUGCUUGCUCGUCGGCCCAACCUGCGUCCCUUUGUCAUUACACGAAGCACAUUUGCCGGUACGGGACAUUACGUGCAAAAGUGGCUCGGUGAUAACGUCUCCCGAUGGAGCUUCUACCGCAUCCAAAUCGCUCAGAUGCUCAGCUUCGCGUCCAUCUUCCAGAUCCCCAUGGUCGGCAGCGACGUGUGCGGCUUUGGCGAGAGCACCAACGAGAAACUGUGCGCACGCUGGGCGACACUCGGCGCGUUCAACCCCUUUUACCGCAACCACGCGACAGAGAGCGCGGCGCACCAAGAGUUCUACCUCUGGCCUCUCGUCACAUCGGCGGCGCAGUAUGCGAUUGACGUUCGCUACCGCCUGCUCGACUACAUUUACACGGCGCUCGAGUUCCAGAGCCGCGACGGGACCCCCGCCGUGCUGAAGCCCAUGUGGCACGUCUACCCGCAGGACGAGGAGACCUUUGGCAUCGACCUGCAGUUCUUCUACGGAGACUGCGUGCUCGUCUCGCCCGUGACGCAGGAGGGGUCCACGGACGUGGACAUGUACAUGCCCAAGGGUGCGCUGUUCUACGAGUGGGACAGCCGUGCGCCGGUCAGGGGCAAUGGCUGGACGACGAUCAAGGACGUUGCGUUUGAUCGCAUCCCGCUGCACAUCCGCGGCGGCUGCAUCCUGCCCCUGAGGAGCGAAAGCGCGCACACGACGACGGAGCUCCGGAAGCAGCCGUUCGAGCUGCUCGUCGCGCUGGGCUCCGAUGGCGCUGCGUCAGGUAGGCUCUACGUGGAUGACGGGGUGAGCCUUGACGGCGGUGAGGGUCGCGCCGAGGUUGAGUUCCAACACGUCGGCGGGAAGCUCAAUACGACUGCGACGAGGGCCUCUGGCGAGCAGGUCGCGUUGGAGGACAUUGGCGUCGACAUUGCCGGGGUGGUGGUCCUGCGACAGGGGGAGGAGCCAGGUGAUGAGCUCUAG